CAGGAAGAAAAACUCAAGGAUAUACCCAGAACAAAUCUCGAACAUUUUUGUACUCUCGACAUACGGAAUCCAGCGCAUGCAGCUAGAAAAACUGGAAUCAUUUGUACUAUAGGUCCGUCUUGUCGUUCCGUAGAUAUGCUCAAACAAAUGAUUACUUGCGGCAUGGACAUUGCUCGUCUCAAUUUUUCACAUGGCAGCCAUGAAUACCACAGCGGAACGAUAGCCAACGUACGCAAGGCGGUAGAAUCUUUUCCGGACAAUCGGCAAAUAGGGAUCGCUCUAGACACCAAAGGUCCCGAAAUUCGAACUGGUUUGCUUACUGGAGGAGCAACGGCCGAAGUUGAACUCGCAAAAGGCAAGACUGUCACUCUCUCAACCGACUCCCAAUAUAAAGAAGCGUGCACAGCAGAAACAGUUUACGUGGAUUACAAAAAUAUUGUAAAGGUGACACGGUGCCUUACAUCAUAUUUUCGCUUAGUAGUGAAGAAAGGUUCUCAUGUUUAUGUUGAUGAUGGGCUCAUUUCACUCGUAGUCGAUGAAGUACAAGACAAUGCGCUCAAAUGCACAAUAGAAAAUGGUGGCAUGUUGGGUCGGUGACG